AUGAUCGAUAAGGUAGUUAUAGAUCUACAACAGAGUCCACAAACCAAAACGGGUUUAGUGAAUUUAAAAGAUUUGAUCGAAACUGCUGCACAUAAAUGGUACAAAGAAAAUGAGAAGGAUUCCAUGAAGGCAAAAUGGGGAAAAACUUAUAAUUGGAAAGAAUUAGUGAAAGAAAUCGAUUGGCGAUCAUUGAAACAUGAUCCUGUUAUAUAUCAUGAUUUAGAAACACCCGGUACACCAAAAAAUCAUAUAUUAUUUCGUUCAUCAUUUUUAAAUGAUACAACAAGAGAACAAGAAUAUAAUUUACGAGCAGAACGACGAACAGUUUCUACUUGUUCCUUUUCAAUAUUCGAAGGGUAUACCACGGAACAAUCGGUGAAUCUCGAAAUAGAAGUUCCAUUGCCGAAAUGUGUUAUUGAAGCGAGUACAGGAUUUCGACGAGAGUAUACAUUAGAGCAAAGUCGAGAUAAACAAAUCGAAGAAGAAUUAACGUGGUCAGUCGAAAGUAAUAUUAAAAUACCUAGUCUAUCGCAAACCACUGCUGAAUUAGUUGUCCAAGAAGAUGAAUACAAAGGCACAUUUGAAAUAAAAAGUUAUUUUUUUGGUGAAAUUCGUUUAAAAGUAUUUAAAGAUCAACAAGAAUUAUUGAACUUGGAAUUUGGUGAUUUGGAAGAUUUAUUUCCACGUGAUAAGGGUUUUCGUAAAGAUGCACGAGGUAUAUAUCGUGUAACACGUGGUGAAUGUAAAGCCCGUUUUGGUAUUAGUCAAAAAGUAGAACUACAUCAACGAGCAUUACCCGGCGCUGAACAAUAUUUUAAACAAGUGCAAGAUAAAGAACGUGAAAAACAACCACAAGUUGAACCACCACCACUUAUUAAAAAAAAUCUGAACGUGAAUAAUAAUACUAAUAAUUUUGAUACUGUACGUAAUCAUAUUUUAAAAGAUUAUCGUUCAAAUGGAUCGAUACCUAUACCAUCAGCGCCCAACAUUCCCUAUUAG